AUGGAGCACAACCCCAGAACAGCUCCCAUGAUGGCUGAUAGACACAUUACAGUGAUACGUGGGGAUGACCUCCCCAAAUCCACAAAAAGCAGCGACCUGUCAUGUCCGUUCUGCAAGUACAGUGCAUCUGCAAAAUAUCAAGUGGACAACCACAUUAAGGGCCAUGCCUCAAGACAUACUGCUGUCAGCAGAGUUGUUGAAAUAAUUGAGGCAACUGAGCGAGUGUCAUUCCCAAACAAAGAAAGGGUUUUUCAAGGGUAUCUCCAUUUUGAAGCCCUUACUGAACAUGACUACAAGUUUGCUUGUGUAUCAUGUGGAUACAGUCCAGCUGUUGCUGUGAUGGACCUACAUAAGAAAGGUGUUUUCAAUAUGCCAUUCAGUGACAUCGAGGGGCCACCCCAAGACUAUGAUGGACAGGUGGACAUCAACAAAUUCUGGGAUGCUGUUGCCACAGAAUUCAUCAGUCGGGGUUUCAUGACAUGCGGUCGAAAGAAUCCUUUUAUCGUGCCCCCAAGCUACCACAACUGGGCUCCAUGGAUUGGCCCACAUACUAGACAAUCCACUGUAGUCCUGAACACAGAACAUGACAAAUUACAAGCACCUAAAAUGACUACUGAUGUUGAUGACCAAAUGUCUAGUGAUGGUGAUGACAUGCAGGUAACAGAAGAGCGCCUAGCUGAUGAACUCCUUAACUUAAAGGUAGAGGAGGUGAGAGCGCUGUGCAAGCAGUGUGGUUUGGACAGCAAAGGCUCCAAGAUGGAUCUUGUCCUCAGACUGCGUGAGAAGAUGUCAAAUAGGGUCACCUACAACAAAGUUUUUGAGAAGGUCUGGGGUGCCUCUGGUGGCUGUGCUGUAAUUACUUGUCCCUGUGGCAUUGUGUGCUCUGUCAAAUUCAAUCUACGAGCAGAGAGUCCACGUGAUUAUAUGGAUAUGUUACUGUCAUGGAAACACUUUCCCAACAUCAUAGUCUACGACUAUGCAAGGGGACUGGCGUUACAUGGCAACCGCCGACAACCAGGGACUUUCGAUCCUUUUGAAGGACUGAUGGUGGAGCCUAAUGUGGACAACAUUAAGCAGGCUUCAGAGGGAAAACUAACAGUGAAUAUGUCUUGGUUGAAGCACCCCAAGGUACCAGCAGACGAGGAUGGCCAUCCUCUCACUGGGUCUUCAGAGCAUUUUGUUCUUAGUGAUGUGUUUCACCAGGGCAACAGCAGAGAUGAGAGGGAUGUGCUGAGAAAGAUCCAACACGUGCCUGAACUUGCUGGUUACAUCAACAGCCAGUGUGUGGAGCAGCUGUUUUCAGGCAUGAAGAAGAACAAUUACUUCUUGAACAUGACGACACCCUCAACCCAUAUAUUUCUCCAACGAAAUAUACUGCACCACUACAAUGUUGAAAGGAACAAGAAAGCAGAAGAGCAAUACAAAAAGAUUGUUCCAGAAAAUGAGAUGAUGCAGUUGGACAGCUAUGGAAGACUCAUGUUGGUACUUUAA